UUAAACACUGCCCAGCAAAAGGCCAAGACGCGCUAUGAGUAAGAGGGCUUUUUAAACCUGGAAUUACUUGAGGCUACAUUGCGCUACGUAUGGGGGACAAUAUUUUCUCUUGGAAUAAACAUCCAAAUGACAAUAGUUAGGGCCUAAUAGUUUUUUCCACUGGACUUGUAUGAUGGGUCUCGGUGACUAUUUUGGUUGCAUACUUUUUGGAUACUCUCAGGAAGACCUUCACACUUCAACACACCUGCUGUAAUUGGAGUAUAGGCCUACCAUUUUCCUCAUAUGCGUACCAUGAUGUGUUUCUCCUAUAAACUUUGAAGAAGGUGUUUCACAUCUGAAAGUUGGUGUGUGAAUGGAAUAAAACUCAUAAACUAACAAGGGACACAGACUGGACAGGUCAAGCGCAUUACUUGAGGCUACAUUCUGUUGGAUUACUUUGGAUCUGUUGGUCUCUUGCUCUCCGUGAAGAAAUACAUUUGCAAUUGGAUGAAAUAACAAGAGAAUGUAUGGAAUAAAUCAGCGCUGUAUUUACAUAUCUUUUCAUUUAUUCGUGCUGUGGUGCCAUGCUCAGGGGGAGAAUCAUCCGUCUCCUAAUUUUAACCAGUAUGUGAGGGAGCAGGGCGCAGUGACAGACCAGUUUAGCCGGCGACAGGUCAGGGUUUACCAACUAUACAGCCGGACCAGCGGGAAGCACGUCCAGAUACAGGGCAAGAGGGUCACCGCUACUGCUGAGGACGGCAACAAUUACGCACGUCUCUUUGUAGAAACGGACACCUUUGGGAGUCGGGUUCGGAUCAAAGGUGCAGAGAGUGGACGUUACCUCUGUAUGAACCGGAAGGGGAAACUGGUUGGAAAGCCAAAUGGAAGAAGCAGGGAUUGUAUCUUCACAGAGAUUGUUCUGGAGAACAAUUACACUGCCUUCCAGAAUGCCAAGUAUGAGGGCUGGUAUGUGGCUUUCACCAGGAAAGGGAGACCCAUCAAAGCCUCAAAGACGAGGGAGAACCAGAGAGAGGUCCAUUUCAUCAAGAGGCUACACAAGGGCCCACUACCUUUCCCCAACAUGGACAGAAUCAAACACUUUGAGUUCAUCAGUUUUCCACCCACCUGUCGCGCGAAACGGAACAGGAAAUCACAGGUUGCUGCCUAGUACAGAACAAAUUGGACUCAUAUUAUUGAGUAAAAAUAUGGAAUUUUAUAUUUUUUAUAUUUUUAAUAUGUGAAGAUACUUAAAAUGCCCAAAAGUCUAAAGGAUUAUUGUUGUAAAAUGAUCCCAUGUAAAUAAUGUAAGAGCGUAAAUGAGAUUGAUGUAUAUAUUUAAUAUGACUGUGUGUAUGUGUUUUAUUUUGCUUUUGGAGUGGUGAUGCGACAGAGAGGGAAUAGGUACAUUAAUAAACAUGUUAAACUUGGUUAGCACAAAACUUAAGCGUGACAAAUGCAACAUCUUACCUUUAGAUCAUGUCUCUCAAUUGACUGCUUUCUUGGUACUUGUGCUGAAAUAGAUUUCUGAGUUAAGAAAACCUCUUCAGAAAUGUACAGGAACUAGUAAUGUUAUUGUUUCGCAGAUCAGUGUGUACAACCAGUGCAUCCAUUUUUUAUCCAGUAUAAAAAUCUAUAGCCAAUAGGCAUAUCAUUCUAACAAAUGGCUAUGCAAAGACAAUAUUCAUUUCUCAGGCUCAAAUCUUCAAAUUAUUUACUGAUAUGUAGCCUAGCUACUGUACUUUUGGUCAUGAAUAUGAAUUCAUUGCUUACUAUUAAAGUGAGACAUGUACUUAUACUUACUAAAUUCCGUGCUAUUAAUUAUGUUGCUUAGCCCUACUAUUUUGUACAAUUACGUAAAUGCUUCUUUCAAACUAUUUCAAAAGAUCAACAACACCAAUCAAACCCAUAACACCAUUCAUGUUCUGUGUGGGAUGAACGUGUCAAUCAAAAAUAGAUAACAAAACAACAUCAAAUUAUUAAUCACAUGGAUUUAUGGUACUGUUAUGACAGAUCAUCUCUUGUAAUGAAUUUGGCAAGGAAGUAAGA